ACGCGGGCGGUCAGCUGACGCCGUCAACACAACACCCGGCGCCUCGCUGCCUCGCCUAGUUGUUAAAACAUUCAGUGUUUUAACAACUAAAAACCUUCAGCCUUAACCUGAGUUCAACCUUACCACGUCAUUAACAUUGACGCGCCUCUGUGACACAUCUUCAGACAUUAACACUUGCAGUAGACAGUCAUGAGGAGGAGAAACCUUGCACAAACUGCACGUGUUAUGAUGAAAGAAUCGUCAUUCACUUUACAAGUCACGGUUUCUACUUUACUAUAGUGAAGAAUAAGUCUGCGUGUAAACUACCUUUGAAAUACAGUUAAUUAUACAGUAUAUAUUUUUCAAGUUGUUAUGCUCAACCCUCUACAAUCAUUUUCUGGAUCCAUGGUUGUUUGGUACACUCGUGCACCCAUCCCAUCACCACCUCACUUAGAUCAUGAGAAAUAAUUGCUGGAGGUAUGUUUGAGGUGUGCCAUACCCUAGAAUUGCCGUCGAUUUUCACUAAGGAGGCCUAGUGCUACCUGCUUGCUUGGAGUGACUGGGAAUGUGCAGAGGAAAUAUAUUUCUACAGUCAGAUGUUAAAGUAACAUAUGGGCACUGUAAAUUCAUAUUAUUGAAUGAUGGCAGCAGGCAAGGAUAGACCUCUGAGACUGUUGUGUCUUCAUGGGUACAGGCAGAGUGGUACCAGCUUCCGUGAAAAGACAGGAGCUUUAAGAAAGCAGUUGAAGAAGCAUGCAGAGUUUGUCUUUAUAACCUCACCAGUGGAAGUGCCAUCAAUUGAUGACAGCCAGGAUAAAGAGAGUGGGUGUGGCUGGUGGUUUAGUAGACCGGAUAAUUAUUUUAAAGCACAGGAUGAGUCUGAGUGCAUCAAAGGAUUUGAGGAAUCCCUGAAAGCAAUAGAAUCCUGUUUUAAGGAAUCCGGCCCAUUUGAUGGAAUAUUGGGGUUUAGCCAAGGUGCAGCCAUGUUGGGACUAUUGUGUGGUCUUCAGCAGCAGGGAAAACUGCAAUUCUCUUUCAAGUUUGCAAUUUUUGCAUCAGCCUUUAGAUCGAGAUCAUCACCGCACCAGUACUUGUAUUCUGAGCGUAUCACAUUGCCAACACUUCAUAUCUAUGGUGAAGCAGAUCAGGUAAUUGAGAAGGCCUUGAGUGAAGAAUUUCUUCAAUACUUUCAUGAGCCACAGACUUUGUUGCAUCCUGGAGGCCAUUUCAUCCCUGCAACUGGAACCCAGAAGGCCACAUAUGUUCACUUUUUGGAAAAUAUGAAAAAACUGUGUAUAGUUUAAAAAAAUUUACUAGUUUUUAGCUUCAUUUAAUUAUUGUACUCUACCUAUUGUAUUAUAUGUUUUUUAAUCAAAACUCUAGUGUAGUUUGAAGACACCAAAGACUAUGUUAUUAUACCUCUGCAUAAUUUUUUGUUGUUGUGCUUAAUUUCAAACUUCUAAAUUUUAUUAAAAAACAAAAGGAAACUGUACAAGUAUGUUUAGUGAAUGUUGAUUAUUCAUUUGAAGUGUAUUAAAAUAAUGAGUUGCAUUUGUAUGAAUGUCAGUGUGCACUUGUAAUAAACCUUUCUUACAUUA